UCUCUGUCAGAUUAGACUUAAUCCUGGAGGAGGGCUGUCAAGACGCUGUCCGCAGCCGCAUUUUGGCGCGGACUCUCCGGCUUCACCCCCGCGGCCACAAACAGCGGAUCUUUUACUGACUCCUCACGUUUUUCCACAGAAGAUGAUCCACAAGUCUUGCUCUGCAGCCGUUGCUUGGUCGCCAAUUUGCGAAAACAUGUUAGCCGGCUAACUAGCUGCAUAAGAGUUAGUAAAUCGGAUUAUCCGCAAACGACAUCCUCCCACGGGGUAAUAACCAGGUAUUAUUCGCUUUUCUACAACCUAUUUCCAAACUUAGACCCCCUUCUCUUCCUCUGACCACAACAACACCAAUUUAUUUGUAAUGUUGCCCCAAGCUAGCAAGAUUUGAAAGCAGUUCUCUCGUGUUGUGGCUCGUUUGGACGCUAAUCUUUGCUUUUUCUUGGACGCACUAGAAGACAAAUUGUGCGUCCGAAACCAAAGCCGAGGUGGAGAUCGAACCGAUGCGGUAGCAAGAACCCACAGCGACUGAAGGACCCCGCUAGAAGAAGAUCUGAACCCAGAAGAAGAAAUUAGCUCGAACACAAGGAGCCAAGAUGUCAGGGAAGGAUAAAGACAAGCAGGAGAAGCAGUCCACCACGGAGCGCCUCGUGAAAGCUGUGCCAUACCCACCCCAACAUAAGCUGACUGUCAAGGAGCUGUUUGAAAAUGGAAAGCCCAAUGCAGAGAUGCUGCGGAACCAUUUGGUGAAGGAGGGACGUGUGGAGGAGGACGUGGCCCUGAAGAUCAUCAACGACGGGGCCAACAUCCUGCGGCAGGAGAAGUGCAUGCUGGAGGUGGAGGCGCCCAUUACAGUUUGUGGUGAUGUGCACGGUCAGUUCUUUGACCUCAUGAAGCUGUUUGAAGUGGGAGGCUCACCCAGUAACACUCGCUACCUGUUCCUUGGGGAUUACGUCGACCGAGGAUACUUCAGUAUUGAGUGCGUGCUCUACCUCUGGUCUUUGAAGAUCAACCACCCCACAACUCUGUUCCUGCUGCGAGGGAACCACGAAUGUCGCCACCUCACCGAGUACUUCACCUUCAAACAAGAAUGUAAAAUCAAAUACUCUGAGCGUGUGUACGACGCCUGUAUGGAGGCCUUUGAUUGCCUGCCCCUCGCCGCUCUGCUCAACCAGCAGUUCCUCUGUGUGCAUGGAGGACUCUCCCCCGAAAUCAACUGUUUAGAUGACAUCCGCAAAUUAGACCGCUUUAAGGAGCCCCCAGCCUUUGGACCCAUGUGUGACCUGAUCUGGGCCGAUCCUGGGGAGGACUACGGAAGUGAGAAGACCUCCGAGCACUUCAACCACAACUCUGUCAGAGGCUGCUCCUACUUUUUCAGUUAUUCAGCGGUUUGUGACUUUUUGGUAAAUAACAACUUGUUGUCGGUAAUAAGAGCCCACGAAGCACAAGACGCAGGUUAUCGUAUGUACAGAAAAAGCCAAACCACGGGCUUCCCUUCACUUAUCACCAUUUUUUCUGCUCCAAAUUAUUUAGACGUCUACAACAAUAAAGCUGCUGUAUUAAAAUAUGAGAACAAUGUAAUGAAUAUUCGCCAGUUUAAUUGCUCACCUCAUCCGUACUGGUUACCCAACUUCAUGGACGUCUUCACAUGGUCUUUGCCUUUCGUUGGAGAAAAGGUGACAGAGAUGCUGGUGAACAUCCUCAACAUUUGCUCUGACGACGAGCUCAUGUCAGAAGGAGACGACCAGGGUGAAGGAGGCGCCAGUGCCGUCCGCAAGGAAGUCAUCCGCAACAAGAUCCGCGCUGUGGGGAAAAUGGCGCGGGUCUUUGCUGUCCUCAGGGAGGAGAGUGAGAGUGUGCUGACGCUCAAAGGCUUGACUCCGACCGGGACCCUUCCUGUUGGCGUUCUGUCUGGAGGGAAGCAGACUCUACAAACAGCAACCAUUGAAGCAGCCAAAGCCCAAGGCUUUUCCCCAACGAGGAAGAUCCGAAAUUUUGAGGAGGCUCGCGGUUUGGACCGAAUCAACGAAAGGAUGCCCCCGCGCAAAGACGGCCAGCAACCCGACCCUAACAUGCUCAACUCUGCAAACAAGAACGGCACUGACGGAUAAGGAAAAAAAACAAAAAAAAUCUUCACAUUUUACAACAAUUCUUACAUCUACUAGGCUUCGUUUAUAUAUUAAUUGGUCUUUUAAAACUGGUCCACUUUUUUCUUUUUUGCUUUGGGGAAAAAUUUAAAGCAGACACAAUUCAUCGUUGGAGAUGCUAGAAGCUUUGUUGGAAAAUUUUGGGGGAAAAAAAAUCUGCUUUUCGAAAUGACUAUAUUUAAGAUUAUCGGGGAAAGAAAAAAAAAAAACAUAUUUAUUGAAGGACUUGUAUUAGAUUUAUUGUGUUAGAGAAGAACAUUGUUACGUUUUUGCUUUGUUCAAAUGUAUA